CUUCUCAUUCACGUUAACCUGCCGGGACCUGCGUACGUGCCCGCGAGAGUGAGAGUGUGUGAGUGAGAGUGAACGUCUGCAAGAGCGCGCGUGGGCGGGGGCGCGCGUGGGAACGCGCACCGGGCCGGCUGCCUGGCUCGCUCCCGGCUCUCUCGGCGUCUCCCCCCCCCCCCGUCCUCCCUCUCUCUCUCUCUCCCUCCUGCGUGUGUAUGUGUAUAAGAGAAGCGGCGAUCGGCAGAGCAGCGGCUGAACGCGACUCGCGGUUGGAGCUGGUGCCGACGACCUGGGGAGGAGAGAGAGAGAGAAAAAGAGAGAGAGAAAUAAUCAGCCUUGGGAGAAGAAAUCCUGACCCGGGAAAAGGGCGAUUCUUUUGAAUUUUUCUUCUUCUUCUUCCUUUUUUUUUUUUUAGGGGUGGGGGAGGGAGACGGCGCUGGAGCCUCCUCGCCUGCUUUUCUAGGAUGAAGCGCUGCCCUUCCUGGCACUCCGUUUAGAAGGGGGGGGUCUCUCUUUUUGUGGCCACCCCCUCUUCUCCUCCCCCCCACCUUUUCCCACGGCUACUUUGGGGGGACGGAGCGCCGGGGCAGCUGGCGAGCCCCCCCACCUCCCCCCUCCCCGCCGCCGCGUCGCCCAUCCCAUCCCACCGCCCUGGCUGGAGGAUCGCGACCGCCGCAGUAAGCUGAAUGGUUUUCUGCACUGCCGUCAAAACUAGAAGGGAAGAUACCGAGAACAGAUCUGCAGAGUUUCCGACCGUCACUGUUCCUGAACCCGCUGUGAUGGCGCCAGGUAAAGUGGAAGUAGAACAUAUCCAGGACAGGACUGCCUACUUCAAGCAUCAUUUGAUGGAUUAUUCUUAGAUACUUCCAACAGGACAUUUUGAUCAGAUUGCCUCCCGCAUCCUGUUUUGUUGACGUGGAAGAAACCGACCAAGAGGGCCAUGGAUGUGAAAGACAGGAAGCCAUACCGUUCUUUGACCAAACGCUGCGAUGCUGAACGCCGCUACACCAGCUCCUCCGCAGAGAGCGAGGACAGCAAAAUCCCUCAGAAGUCAUACAGCUCCAGCGAGACUCUGAAAGCUUAUGACCAGGAUUCCAGAAUGAUCUACGGCAAUCGGGUUAAAGACAUGGUACCCCAAGAAGCAGACGAGUACUGUCGAACAGGAACCAACUUUUCUUUACAAGAACUGGGCUUUGAAGAUGUCUCGCCGCCCCACGGGACUUUAUACCGGACUGACUUAGGAGUGCCCCACGGCAGCUACUCCAUCAGCGCUGGCUCCGACGCCGAUACAGAAACAGACGCCAUCAUGUCUCCAGAACACCCGGUGCGGUUGUGGGCCCGCAGCACCAAGUCCGGCCGUAGCUCCUGUUUAUCCAGCAGAGCCAACUCCAAUCUUACCUUGACCGACACAGAACACGACAACACAGAAACAGGCCCCCCCUUGCAUUGUUCAUCCGCCUCCUCCACCCCCGUGGAGCCCUCCCCCUCCCCGCCCCCCUCCCCGCCAGCCAAUGAGAGCCAGAGAAGGUUGCUAGGCAACGGGGUCGCCCAGCCAACUCAGGAGUCUGACUCCGAAGAAGAGUUUGUCCCCAAUUCCUUCUUAGUUAAAAGCGGCUCGGGAAAUCUCUCCCUGCCUUCGGAUGAUCAUCCAAGCCUUUCGAACCCCUCCAGACUCCGGACGCCUCCCCCUCCUCUUUCUCACGCCCACACGCCAAACCAGCACCACGCGGCAUCCAUCAACUCUUUAAAUCGGGGGAACUUCACACCACGCAGUAAUCCCAGCCCUGCUCCCACAGACCACUCGCUCUCCGGAGAGACACAGGCAGGGAACCAAGAAUCUACGCACGCUCAGGACAACUGGUUACUAAACAGUAACAUCCCCCUGGAGACAAGGCACUUCCUGUUUAAACCCGGAGGAACGUCUCCACUCUAUUGUACCACUUCGCCAGGGUAUCCCUUGACAUCCAGCACGGUCUACUCGCCACCCCCUCGGCCCCUCCCCAGAAGCACGUUUUCCAGGCCUGCCUUUAACCUGAAGAAGCCAUACAAGUAUUGUACCUGGAAAUGCGCUGCUUUUAGUGCUAUUCUCAUCUCCAUCACGCUGGUGGUGCUGCUGGCAUAUUUUAUAGCCAUGCACCUGUUUGGCCUAAACUGGCACCUGCAGCCGAUGGAAGGGCAGAUGUUUGAGAUCACGGAAGACACAGCCGGCAGUUGGCCAAUGCCAACAGACGUCACCUUGCAUGCCUCAGGGGGCACAGGGAUAGAGUUACCUGAGAGAAAAGGCAAAGUAGCCGGGGAAGGAAAGUCCAGUACUUUUUUUCCUGAAGACAGUUUUAUAGACACCGGAGAGAUUGACGUUGGCAGACGAGUCAUGCAGAAAAUCCCUCCCAGCCUAUUUUGGAGAUCUCAGGUGUUCAUUGACCAUCCUGUACAUUUGAAAUUUAAUGUUUCGUUGGGAAAAUCGGCCCUGGUUGGGAUUUAUGGAAGAAAAGGACUCCCACCUUCGCACACCCAGUUUGACUUUGUCGAGCUGCUGGACGGACGGAGGCUGCUGAGUCAGGAAGCCAGGAGUCUAGAAGGACCACAACGACAACAAAAGGGCUUUGUGCCACCAGCCAGCCAUGAGACAGGAUUUAUCCAGUAUUUGGAUUCGGGAAUGUGGCAUCUGGCCUUUUACAACGAUGGAAAAGAAUCCGAAUUGGUCUCCUUUCUCACCACCACUAUUGAAUCAGUGGAGAACUGUCCCAGCAACUGUUAUGGAAACGGUGACUGCGUUUCUGGAACCUGCCAUUGUUUCCUCGGAUUCUUGGGCCCUGAUUGUGGACGAGCGUCUUGCCCAGUGUUGUGUAGCGGGAACGGACAGUACAUGAAAGGGAGGUGUUUGUGUCACAGUGGAUGGAAAGGAGCCGAGUGCGACGUCCCGACCAAUCAGUGCGUGGACGUCUCUUGCAACAGCCACGGGACAUGCAUCAUGGGAACCUGCAUCUGCAAUCCGGGCUACAAGGGAGAGAGUUGUGAAGAAGUGGACUGCAUGGAUCCCACCUGCUCAGGACGUGGCGUGUGCGUGAGAGGAGAAUGCCACUGCUCCGUGGGCUGGGGAGGGGCCAACUGUGAGACCCCGAGGGCCACUUGUCUGGAUCAGUGUUCGGGCCACGGAACUUUUCUGUCCGAAACCGGACUUUGCACCUGUGAUCCCAACUGGACUGGGCACGACUGCUCCACUGAGAUCUGCGCGGCCGACUGUGGGGUCCACGGCACCUGUGUUGGGGGCAGUUGCCGUUGCGAAGAGGGCUGGAUGGGGGCCUCCUGUGAUCAGCGAGCGUGUCACCCACGCUGCAACGAACACGGGACCUGUCGGGACGGCAAGUGCGAAUGCAGCCCCGGCUGGAACGGAGAGCACUGUACCAUCGAGGGAUGCCCCGGUUUGUGCAACGGCAACGGUAGGUGCACGCUGGACAUGAAUGGGUGGCACUGUGUCUGUCAGCUGGGCUGGAGAGGGAUAGGCUGCGACACGUCCAUGGAGACCGCGUGUGGAGACGCGAAAGACAACGAUGGAGAUGGGUUAGUGGACUGCAUGGACCCCGACUGCUGUUUUCAGUCUUUGUGCCGGACCAACACGCUCUGCUUGGGCUCUCCAGAUCCGCUCGACAUCAUACAGGAGACUCAGGCCCCCGUGUCCCAGCAGAAGCUCUCCUCUUUCUAUGAUCGGGUCAGGUUUCUAGUUGGCAAGGACAGCACACAUGUCAUUCCUGGAGAGAAUCCAUUCAGCGGAGGACACCCUUGUGUCAUCCGCGGGCAGGUGAUGACAGCAGAUGGAACCCCUCUGGUUGGCGUGAACAUCAGCUUUGUCAACAAUCCCCUUUUUGGCUACACCAUCAGCAGACAAGAUGGCAGUUUCGACCUGGUCACGAAUGGCGGGAUAGCCGUCGUUCUGCGUUUCGAACGGGCGCCCUUCAUCACGCAGGAUCACACGCUCUGGCUGCCCUGGAAUCACUUCUUCGUCAUGGAGACCAUCGUCAUGCGACACGAAGAAAACGACAUCCCCAGUUGUGACUUGAGCAACUUUGCCCGGCCAAACCCGGUGGUUUCCCCCACUCCGCUGACCGCCUUCGCCAGCUCCUGUUCCGAGCGAGGCCCCAUCGUGCCAGAGAUCCAGGCCUUACAAGAAGAGAUUAAAAUUUCAGGGACCAAAAUCAAGCUAAGCUACCUGAGCAGUCGUACGUCCGGCUACAAAUCGGUCCUGAGGAUCAGCUUGACCCAUCCCACCAUACCGUUCAACCUUAUGAAAGUCCACCUCAUGGUGGCGGUGGAAGGACGCCUCUUCCGAAAGUGGUUUGCUGCAGCUGCUGAUCUCUCUUAUUACUUCAUCUGGGACAAGACGGAUGUCUACAAUCAGAAGGUGUUUGGGUUAUCCGAAGUCUUUGUCUCAGUGGGCUACGAAUAUGAAUCGUGCCCUGAUUUGAUCCUGUGGGAGAAACGGACGGCUGUGCUUCAAGGUUACGAAAUAGACGCUUCCAAACUGGGAGGGUGGUCUCUGGAUAAACACCAUGCGCUUAACAUCCAAAGUGGUAUCCUGCACAAAGGAAACGGGGGGAACCAGUUCAUCUCCCAGCAGCCCCCAGUCAUAGGAAGCAUCAUGGGGAAUGGACGCCGAAGAAGCAUCUCCUGCCCGAGUUGCAACGGCCUGGCGGAUGGCAACAAGCUCCUGGCCCCCGUUGCCCUCACCUGCGGCUCCGACGGCAGCCUGUAUGUUGGCGACUUCAACUACAUCCGGAGAAUCUUCCCUUCGGGAAAUGUCACCAAUAUUUUGGAGUUAAGAAAUAAAGAUUUCAGACAUAGUCACAGCCCAGCUCACAAAUAUUAUCUGACCGCCGAUCCCACCUCUGGAUCCAUCUACCUCUCUGACACCAGCAGCCGUCGCGUUUUCAAGAUCAAGUCAACGACGGUGAUCAAGGACAUCGUGAAGAACUCGGAAGUGGUAGCUGGGACAGGAGAUCAGUGUCUUCCCUUUGAUGACACCCACUGCGGAGAUGGAGGAAAAGCAAACGAGGCUACCUUAACAAGCCCCAGGGGCAUCACAGUGGACAAAUUUGGAUUUAUUUAUUUUGUGGAUGGUACAAUGAUCCGACGCGUUGACCAAAACGGAAUCAUCUCAACGGUCCUGGGUUCUAAUGACCUGACAUCCACUAGGCCUCUGAGCUGUGAUUCUGUCAUGGAUAUCUCUCAGGUAGGUACAUGUGUCUCGUGUAUAGAUUUUUUUUUUCUGCCUCCGUAUCGUCUUUUUCCCUUUUGUGUUCCUUCUCAUAGUGGAAAUGCCUCUUAACCAGUAAAUUCUAUUUUCUUCUGUUUGGUAGCUCUCCUUUUAAGCUGCAUUAUCAACUUUCUCUGCAUAAAUCUUUCAAUACUAUGAUUUUUUUUCCCUCUUGAUUCUUGGCAUUACAGGCGGUCCUCAACGUACGACCACAAUUGAGCCCAAAAUUUCCGUUGCUAAGCGAGACAUUUGUU